CAUGCCUACUCAGAACGCCACACACCCCCCCCGCUGCAUUCAAUGGGACUGACUCCCAGGUAGGCCGGCAUGUGUGGACCCCCGCCCAGCAGCAUCACAUCAGAGGUGAAGGCAACAAGGAAAGCGGCGAGAACAGCAGCGGGAAACAAAUCCAGACUAUCCCCUGUUGCAGCAUUCCGACGACAGAGCUAAAAACGGCUUCGAAGGCUGAACAAGUGAAACGCCUCCCAGCCUGCACCCCGGAGAGCCCCUGCCAGUCCGUGUUGCCGGUACUGAGCGAGAUGGAGCAAUCGGAGGCCGCUGCCGCUGUUAAGAGGGAAGAGUAGCACAGCCCCAAACCCAACUGGUGCAGCGGAAGGCGGUCGCUGCAAAUCGCCUUCUUCAGUUGAGAAAAAGGAGCCAACUUCCAAAGUUUCUGGAAAGUUCUCUGAGCAGGAUCCCACCCUUCUACCCCUCGGGUUUUCCCCGCAACGCCUCUUGCAGCUCCGCUAAGGGCCAGCAGGGGGCGCUGCCCCACAGCUCCAGCGCCGCCGGAGCGCUCCCUGCGCCGAGCGAGCUGAAUGGAGGCCGAGGGCGCAGAAAGAGUGCGGCCGGCGAGGGCUUGGAGAGGCGGCGCGUGCUAAGCUACCGCCUCCCUUUCCUCCGCCUGGACCGGCCAGCCCGCUCGCCCGCCUGCCCGCCCGCCCGCCGGCCGAUCUCUCUGCAUGCAAAGGCGCGCGCGGAGGCGGGUGGCGCGACUUCAAGCAUGCCCCGCCGGGAGCUGCAGCCGUCUAGGAUGGAGAGGGGUCGCCCGAGGGGCCAAGAGUCCCAGCGAUGAGGGAGGGGGCUUCUCUCUUGCGUUCUGGAGCUAUCAAACGGGGACUUAAAAACUCUGGAAUGACCCUGGAAGUCUGCCUGGCAGAGCAGCGGGGAAGUCCUACGGAAACCCACAUUGUUUCUUUUUGCUAUCAGGAGUAAAGGGCCAGUACAAAGGAGAAUCAGGAUGAAAAGAUGGCUGACUUCUUGUUACCACUGGGUUCUAACAGCUUCCACCGGUUCACGCCCGAAUCUCUGGCUGCGAUUGAGAAGCGGAUCGCAGAGAUCACAAAGAGUGCCAAGCAGGAAUAUAGGGAACAGUUGGGCGACGAGGAGAAACUGCGGCCCCAGAUUGACUUACAGGCCGGCAAGAAGCUACCUGACCUCUAUGGGUCUCCUCCGUCAGAACUCAUUGGGGAACCGUUGGAGGACAUUGACCCUUACUACAGUGAUCGCAAGACAUUUAUAGUACUGAACAAAGGGAAGACAAUCUUUCGAUUUAGUGCCACUCCUGCCUUGUAUAUACUUAGUCCUUUUCAUCGAAUCAGAAGAGCAGCAAUUAAAAUUUUGGUACAUUCAUUAUUCAGUAUGUUUAUUAUGUGCACUAUUUUAACCAAUUGUGUGUUCAUGGCACGGUCUGAAGUCCCUCAUUGGAAUAAAUAUGUUGAGUACACCUUCACUGCCAUUUACAGUUUUGAAUCAUUGAUAAAAAUACUGGCACGAGGAUUUUGUAUGACAGAAUUCACCUUCCUUCGGGAUCCAUGGAACUGGCUGGAUUUUUGUGUUAUUGUCAUGGCAUACAUAACUGAAUUUGUGGACCUGGGCAAUGUAUCAGCCUUACGAACGUUCAGAGUUCUUCGCGCGCUGAAAACAAUCUCAGUCAUUUCAGGUUUGAAGACCAUCGUAGGUGCCCUUAUUCAGUCAGUUAAGAAACUUGCAGAUGUGAUGAUCUUGACCGUUUUCUGCUUGAGUGUUUUCGCCCUCAUAGGGCUCCAACUCUUUAUGGGAAAUCUGAGGCACAAGUGCGUCCGGACGUUUAACACCACCGCCAACGGCACAUUUAUUCCAGACCAAGAGAAGUGGCCAUCCUUAGAUGAGUAUUUAAAUGAUUCAGACAAUUACUUCAUAAAAGAGGGCACUACAGAUGCACUAUUGUGUGGCAACAGCACAGAUGCUGGUACAUGCCCGGACAAUUAUAUAUGUCUGAAGGCUGGUGGAAAUCCUGACUAUGGCUUCACAAGCUUUGAUACUUUUGGAUGGGCCUUCCUCUCCUUGUUCCGCCUCAUGACGCAGGAUUGCUGGGAGCGCCUUUAUCAACAGACGCUUAGAUCUGCUGGCAAGAUCUACAUGCUGUUUUUCAUGCUGGUCAUCUUUCUGGGCUCCUUUUACCUGAUCAACUUGAUCUUGGCUGUGGUGGCCAUGGCGUAUGAAGAGCAGAACCAGGCCACCAUUGCUGAAAUGGAAGAAAAGGAGAGGAAGUUUCGGGAAGCCAUGGAGGCACUGAAGAAAGAGCAGGAGGCAUUAGCGCAAGGAAUUGAUUCGAUGUCGCUUAGCUCUUUUGAAAUGUCACCUUUGCCAUCGAAAAAUUCCAAAGAACGAAGAAGCCGAAGAAGGAAGAAGAAAUCCUCAGCGGGAGAUGAUGAUGGAGAAGAUCAAAAGGGUCUGAAAUCUGAAUCGGAGGAUGGUCAACGGAGGAUGACGGUGCUGGGCUUUCCUUCUGGCUCCAUGGAAAACCCCGUGAAGCGCAAGGCCAGCCACGGAAGUGUCUUCAGCUUCCGGCUGCGCGGCAGGGACGUUGGCUCAGAGGCAGAGUUUGCCGACGACGACAUCAGCACCGUCGGGGACAGUGAAAGCCAGCAUGGCUCCCUGCUGGUUCCGAGGAGUGGGAGACGGCUGAGCGUGCAGAGCCAGACGAGCCACAACUCUCCAAACUGCCCACGCAGUGGCAAGAGGAAUAGCUCCGUGGAUUGCAAUGGUGUCGUUUCGCUGAUCGGAGGAGGAGGAGGAGGAGGAGGAGGAAGCCCAGACCCAACUACUCCAACAGACGUGCUGUUGCCGCCAGUUAUCACUGAGAAACCUGGAGCAGGCGACAUGACUACUCCAUCUGAAGAAGUGAUCAAGAAACAGCUUUUGUCACCCCACCGCCUUUCCAUGGAUCAAUCAGAGGAGCACUUUCAAAGGCAGCGAGCCGUGAGCGCUGUCAGCAUCAUCACCAGUGCCAUGGAAGAGCUUGAGGGAUCCCAACAGAAGUGUCCCCCUUGCUGGAAUCAUUUUGCUGUCCGGUUUCUCAUUUGGGACUGUUGCCCGAUGUGGCUGUCGAUCAAGAAAAAAGUGAGGUUCGUCAUCAUGGAUCCAUUCAGCGACCUCACAAUCACCCUUUGCAUUGUGAUGAACACCCUCUUCAUGGCCAUGGAUCAUUACAAGAUGACAAAAGAAUUUGAGGAUGUGCUCAACAUUGGUAAUCUGGUCUUCACAGGGAUUUUUACAGCUGAGAUGGUCUUCAAGCUCAUAGCUCUGGAUCCCUACUACUACUUUCAGCAAGGCUGGAACAUUUUUGACAGUAUAAUUGUCACGCUAAGUCUGAUGGAACUAAGUCUUUCCAGCAUGGGAAAUGUGUCCGUCUUACGCUCCUUCAGAUUGCUGAGGGUCUUCAAGCUCGCCAAGUCCUGGCCAACAUUAAAUACUCUCAUAAAAAUCAUUGGGAACUCUGUGGGUGCUCUGGGAAACCUCACUCUCGUUCUCGCCAUCAUUGUCUUCAUUUUUGCUGUGGUUGGGAUGCAGCUUUUUGGGGAACUCUAUCACAACGUGACCCUCAUCAGCACCUCAGGACAGCUGCCACGCUGGCACAUGAAGGACUUCUUCCAUUCCUUCCUCAUCAUCUUCCGCAUCCUCUGUGGGGAAUGGAUUGAGACCAUGUGGGACUGUAUGAAAGUAGCCGGGCAACCUCUGUGCCUUCUGGUCUUUUUGCUGGUCAUGGUGAUUGGGAAUCUAGUGGUGUUGAACCUGUUUCUUGCCUUGCUAUUGAGCUCGUUUAGUGCCGAUAAUCUUUCUGCUCCGGAUGAGGAUGGGGAGAUGAACAACCUGCAGCUUGCCUUUGCACGUAUCAACAGGGGACUUGCCUAUGUCAAGCGUGCAAUGUGGGAUUUUUGCUGCAGCGUCCUUAGGCAGCCAAAGGCAACAGCUGAAAAAAAAGCCAUGAUGAAGCUUGCAGCCCAGCACUCAGAUGUCGUUCACAACUGCAUCAACAACCACACGGCCAUGGAGUUUGGCAAAGAAGAGGAGAACCACAAGGAGAACCACACAGGCGAUGAUGGGGCUGAGAAAAACAGGGAGAAGGAGCAAGUGGCUAAUGACCAUAAUGAUGACUUCAUGACCAACCCAAACAUGUCCAUCUGUGUCCCCAUUGCUGUGGGAGAGUCUGAUAUUGAAGACGAUGAGCAGAGCACCUUCACGGAAACAGACCAGGACAAGCAGCAGCAACUGAAGGGGCAGCGCUACAAAAGCCCAGCCGUUCAGAGUCAGGCCUCCGAGAUUUGUGAAGAGUUAAGCGAGUUGCAGACGGACAAACAGUCGAAGGCCGAGCCUCCACUCCCACCAAUAGAGCAACAAGAGAUUGAUGAAAUCAGCCUGUCGGAAGGAAGCACGGUGGAUCUGGCAAUCCCGACAGAUCUUCUGGAACAGAUGCCUGAAAUGGCAGAAGAGAUGAUGGAACCAGAAGACUGUUUCCCAGAACCUUGUGUCCGAUUCUUCCCAUGCUGCUUGGUAGACACCACAAAAUUUCCUGGCAAGAUCUGGUGGAGGCUGAGGAAGACCUGCUACCAAAUAGUUGAGCACAGCUGGUUUGAAACUUUCAUCAUAUUUAUGAUUCUCCUGAGCAGUGGAGCACUGGCUUUUGAAGACAUCUACCUCGAAGGGAAAAAGAACAUUAAAACCCUGUUGGAAUAUGCUGACAAGAUCUUCACUUACAUCUUUGUCCUAGAGAUGCUUCUAAAAUGGGUAGCUUAUGGCUUUAAGAAGUACUUCACCAAUGCCUGGUGUUGGCUUGAUUUCCUCAUUGUAGAUGUCUCAUUAAUUAGCCUCAUAGCUAGUUCACUUGGAUACUCCGAAAUGGGUCCCAUUAAAUCCCUUAGGACCCUCAGAGCUCUGAGACCCUUAAGAGCACUGUCACGAUUUGAAGGGAUGAGGGUGGUGGUCAAUGCCUUGGUAGGUGCCAUCCCUUCUAUCAUGAACGUUCUGCUUGUCUGCCUCAUUUUUUGGCUCAUCUUCAGCAUCAUGGGAGUCAACCUAUUUUCUGGGAAGUUUGGGAAAUGCAUCAACAAGACAGUAGGCGAUGCACCGCUGCACCACUCAUUUGUCAACAACAUGAGUGACUGCCAAAACUUGAAUGACACUGGAGAGUUGUAUUGGACAAAAGUGAGAGUCAAUUUUGAUAAUGUCGGUGCCGGCUACCUAGCUCUUCUGCAAGUGGCAACUUUUAAGGGCUGGAUGGAAAUUAUGUAUGCUGCGGUGGAUUCACGAGAGCGCGAGGAGCAGCCUAUUUGGGAAUAUAACUUAUACAUGUAUCUCUACUUUGUGAUCUUUAUCAUCUUUGGCUCUUUCUUUACUCUGAAUCUCUUCAUUGGUGUCAUCAUUGAUAAUUUCAAUCAGCAAAAGAAAAAGAUAAGUGGACAAGACAUAUUUAUGACCGAAGAACAGAAAAAAUACUACAAUGCCAUGAAAAAACUGGGAUCCAAGAAACCCCAGAAACCCAUCCCACGGCCACUGAACAAGUAUCAAGGCUUCAUCUUUGAUGUUGUCUUGAAUCAAGCCUUCGAUGUUUGCAUUAUGCUCCUCAUCUGCCUAAACAUGAUCACUAUGAUGGUGGAAACAGAUGACCAGAGUCCAGAAAAAGUGAACAUUCUUUAUAAAAUCAACAUGAGCUUUGUUGCCAUCUUCACAGCAGAGUGUAUGUUAAAAUUGGUGGCUUUAAGGCACUACUAUUUCACCAAUGGAUGGAAUAUAUUUGAUUUUGUUGUCGUGAUUCUAUCAAUUGUGGGCUCUGUGCUUUCCGACAUUAUCCAGAAAUAUUUUUUCUCCCCAACCCUCUUCAGAGUCAUUCGCUUGGCUCGGAUCGGUCGGAUACUGAGACUUAUAAGAGGGGCCAAAGGAAUCCGAACUCUUCUUUUUGCCUUAAUGAUGUCCCUCCCCGCGUUAUUUAAUAUUGGCCUCCUGCUUUUCCUGGUCAUGUUCAUAUAUGCCAUCUUUGGCAUGGCCAACUUUGCCUACGUGAAGCAAGAGUAUGGGAUCGAUGACAUGUUCAACUUCCAGACAUUUCCCAACAGCAUGCUCUGCCUCUUCCAAAUCACCACAUCAGCAGGUUGGGAUGGUCUUCUCAGUCCCAUCCUGAACACUGGGCCACCCUAUUGUGAUCCAAGCCACAUCAACACAAAUGGCUCAAGGGGAAACUGUGGCAGUCCUGCAGUGGGGAUUCUCUUCUUUGUGACUUAUAUCAUUAUAUCCUUCCUCAUUGUGGUAAACAUGUACAUAGCAAUUAUUUUAGAGAACUUCAGUGUUGCUACUGAAGAGAGCACAGAGCCUCUUAGCGAGGAUGACUUUGAUAUGUUUUAUGAAAUCUGGGAGAAGUUUGACCCAGAAGCCACUCAGUUUAUUGAGUAUGCUGCACUUUCUGAUUUUGCGGAUGCUCUAUCAGAACCUUUGCGCAUCCCAAAGCCAAAUAAGAUGAAGCUCAUAGCUAUGGACCUCCCCAUGGUGAGUGGGGAUAGGAUCCACUGCUUAGAUAUUUUGUUUGCUUUCACCAAAAGGGUGCUGGGAGAAUCCGGAGAGAUGGAUGCCCUUAAAAUACAAAUGGAGGAAAAAUUCAUGGCUGCCAACCCCUCAAAAAUUUCUUAUGAACCGAUCACAACCACACUCAGGCGAAAACAGGAAGAGGUUUCUGCCAUUGUCAUCCAGAGGGCCUACAGAAGCCAUCUUUUGCAACGCUCUCUCAAGCAGGCCUCUUUCCUGUACCGCCAAAAAGCCUGCCAUCUUGAGGAUGAUGCGCCCGAGAAGGAAGGCCUCAUUGCACUCAUGAUGAGUGAAAACUAUGGAAGGCCAAUAAACAAGUCAGAAACUCUGUCCUCCACAUCUUUUCCACCUUCCUAUGACAGUGUCACCCGAGGCACCAGUGACAACUUCCAGCUAAGGUUGACUGACUCUAGCAAAAGUGAUGAGCACCUAGAUGAUCAGUUAUCACCCAACAGAGACAAAGAGUCAAUCGUUUAAAUGUAUUUUGUUCAGGACACUUUAAACUAUUGUUUACAGAAUGUAAUGCUGUAACUACACAAGAGCUGAAGCAGCCUUUUUAAACAUUCAUUGCAAAGGACAUAAGAAAGGAGGUCGACCCUUAAACAGGGUAUGUCAAUGAGUUAUUGAUGUAUAACCUUUGACCCUGCUCUUUUCAACUUUGCUCAAUGUUUAUAUUUAU